UUCGAUGGAUUUUUUUGUAGCUUCCAGAUCUUCUUCAAGAUUAGCAGUACCGUUAUUUUUUAAUAAAUCGUCAGAAAUAUGAUUGGGUCUUUUUUCCCAUAGCUUUGGAAGAAUUGGUGAAAGAAAUUCCAGCUGUCCUGAAACCGUAGCUUGCAUUGGUGAUUCAAAAGUCCUUCCAUUUUGAGGAUUCUUUAAGUUUGUGACCUUCAUUGUCUCCUUCGGUGUAACGGCCAUUGCCUCGUGCCCUACAGUGCUGUGGGCUGUGGUACUGGGCUCGAUUAAUUCCGACUUGGUCUCAGUACCUAAGAUUGUUUCGUGUUCGCUAAGUCGCUUUUGUGAUGAUGUUAAAGAAUGGUGAACAAGGUUUUGAUUAAAAUCAAAUGUCCCAGAACUGUCCUUCUCGACUUCCAAUAGCCGAUGCUGCGUUUCAAGCAAAGAAUUUUCGAUCUUGUCUAAUCUUCUCAGAAUGGUCUGAAAAUCUGCUAUAACAGAGGAGGGAUCCAAUGUGGCAGUAGAUGUUACUGAAACUAAUGAAUUAGAAACCGAAGUGUCAUUAGAAUACUCGAGCUCAUUUGACAGAAGACGUGGAUACGUUAUAUCCGGAGCAAAAGGAGUGGAUUCCUUUGCUUGGUUGUCUUUAGAACUAUUCACCGUCUUGCUUGGAGUACUAUUUUUUCGUUUUUUAUAUUCAUUAACAACGGUUCCCACACUGGAAUCUGCUUCGUCACCGAAAGAAGAAGAUAUACCAGUUCUAACACCAUUUAAAUCAUCCGCAACAUCCUUUCCCGGAAAUUGUUUAUUUGUUUUCCUUUUGCGCUUCUUAUUUUUCGUGUCACUUGUUGUAUAGUGGUUCUUUAGUUCCCAUUCAGCAUAAUCAUUUUUUAAUUUGUCCCACAAGUCUCUAACUGAACGUAUAACGUUUUUAGUAAAUUUCAUUGUGUUUGCUCAUAUGCUCAGGAGUAUAUGUUUUUAAUGAGAAACUGGAUGAAUAACCUCACUAUUCCUCAUGAAACCUGUACAAAAAAGGCUGUCAAGAAGACAAGUUCAUUUCACAAUUAAAUACCAGCACUACUCCGGUACUACUUCAUAUGAUUUCGGGCGGUAGUGUCUCCUUUUAUCUCAAUUUUGCUGCGACCUUGGUCUCAUAACUACUUAAAGUAUUUUCCUCGCGGUGGACCAAGGAAAUUUUACGGCACAAAUUUAACAACAGGAUUUGCUGAUAGGCCCUAAUUUUCUUAUUUAAGGAGCUAAUUACUAGGAGAACUUGCAAAACUACCUUUAAGUUGUCUCUAUUUGAUUACCAAGGGAAAAGAAAAUAAAAAAAUAAUACAAUUAAAGAACCAGUGAAUCCAUGCCUGUAUUUGGGGUUUGUGGUCCAAUUUGCAGCGGAAAAGACGUCGCUGUUGAAUACUUGAGGACUCAACAUAGUUGUACACUAAUUGAGUGUUGUGAAACAAUUAAAGCGAGUACAUCGGUCACCGUAUUUAAAGUCGAUGGAGAAACCUUAACGGGGGUAUCGGAACUUGUUAAUUUUGUUACACGUAACUGGAGAAAAAGAUAUGUUCUAAAUAACUUCAGCGAUCCAACGCUUCGAGAUGCGUUAUCAAAACGUCCGUUUUUCUUGCUUGUUUAUCUUGAUGCUCCUAUUCUAACCCGAUAUGAGCGGUAUGUAAAGUCCAAGCGACCCUAUAACAUAACGUUGGAAAUGUUUUGUCGGAUGCAAGACUCGGCAGCCUUUAAUCCAAUUGAUGGAGUAAACAAACACCGUGCUUUUGCUAAUGUUUACAUAAACAAUGACUCAAGUGAAAAACCCCAACUAUGGGAAAAACUUAAAAGGGCAGACUUAAUGAACGGCGAUCGCUUUAGACCUUGUUGGGAUGCGUACUUUAUGCAAUUGGCAUCUCUCGCGUCGAUGCGAAGUAAUUGCAUGAAACGCAGAGUCGGUUGUGUCCUUGUUCGUGACCAGCGUGUAAUUGCUACAGGAUACAACGGCACUCCGCGAGGGCUUCGAAACUGUAAUGAAGGAGGUUGCACUCGUUGCAAUUCUGCAGCUAAAUCCGGAAUCGGUUUGGGCACAUGCCUAUGUCUGCAUGCUGAAGAGAAUGCCUUGUUAGAAGCAGGCCGAGAACGAAUUGGUGACCGUGGCAUACUAUAUUGCAAUACUUGUCCUUGUUUAACCUGUUCUGUCAAAAUUGCCCAAGUUGGUAUUAGUGAAGUCGUCUAUAGCACAUCGUAUAGCAUGGAUAACCAGAGUGCAGAUAUUUUGAAAGCCGGCGGCGUGGUGCUACGCCAGUUUGUUCCGCCAUUAACAGAUGUAUUUUGAAUUCCAACUAUAAUGAUCAUUUUGGUAUUAUAUGGUAUCAUUGAAUUAAUAACCACAGACAUCUUUGUGUCUGUACAAUAACCAAAUCUAAAAACUGAACAAUUAAGCCAGUACACAACACUUAAACAUAGUCAUGGUACCUAAAUGCUGUUGAAAUUCCAUUCGCAUGUUAAUGUUAAUGUUCAUAGUUGCGAGUUGCAUAUACGUUGAACCCAGCCGUACUGUA